AUGUCCCAGGACAGGCUUUGCAGUCUCGCCAUGCUGUCCAUUGAAAUUCAGUUAGCUAGAAAUCUGAACUUCAAAGACUUGAUCAGUGACUUUGCUAGCAAGAAGGCUCAGCACUGGGCUCUUGGUGUGUGCUCUCUGUUUGGCAACAGCACACUGCUCUACGUCUCCUACAAGAAGAAGCGCCUGCUCAAACCAGCUGAGAUUUUCAUUAUCAACCUGGCCAUCAGCGACAUGGGUCUGACCCUGUCCCUCUACCCCAUGGCCAUCACCUCCAGCAUCUACCACAAGUGGCUGUUUGGGAAAACGGUGUGUUUGAUCUACGCGUUCUGCAGCGUGUUGUUUGGGAUCUGCAGUCUGACCACUCUCACCCUGUUGAGCAUGGUGUGUUUUGUGAAAUCCAUCCAUCCUUCGGUCCAUCCAUCCAUCUCCUUAUCCAUCUCUCCACCCAUCCAUUCAGGUAACCGAUUCAACCCGGGGCAUGGCCGUCUGCUGAUAGUCUGUGCAUGGGUCUGGGCCCUGGUGUUCGCCUUCUCCCCUCUGGCCCACUGGGGAGAGUAUGGUCCAGAGCCAUAUGGCACAGCCUGCUGCAUCGACUGGCGCCUGUCCAACCUGCACCCCGUGGCCCGCUCCUACACAACGGCGCUCUUUAUCUUGUGCUACAUCGUGCCCUGCUGCAUCAUCACUGUAUCCUACACGGGCAUCCUGAUGACGGUUCGAGCCUCUCGUAAGGCCAUGGAACAUCACGAGGCCCGGCCGGCCAAGAUGAGCAACAUCCAGGCUGUUAUUGUGAAGCUGAGUGUUGCUGUCUGUAUCGGUUUCUUCACAGCGUGGAGCCCUUAUGCUGUGGUGUCUAUGUGGGCAGCAUUUGGUCACAUGGAGAACAUCCCACCAUUGGCGUUCGCCAUACUCGCAAUGUUUUCCAAGUCCUCCACCAUAUACAACCCCAUUAUCUACCUGCUGCUCAGGCCCAACUUCCGCAGGGUGAUGUACCGGGCCCUGCUGAGCUUUCGCAGGGCCUGUCUGAAGGGCUGCCUGUGCUCCUGCUCCCAAGGCGCUAUGGGGAAGUGCCGCUCCGGCUCUGUGGUCCAGGUUAGCCUCCGGUCGCUCCGCAGACCACUAGGACACGACCAGUCCUGUAUCAUCAAAUCAUCUGCCAACCAAGCCCUCGCUGGGUACAGAGGUUGUAGCAGCACCUGCGAGAAGUGCAGCGAUGCCUUCGAGUGCUUCAGACACUACCCCAGAGAUUGCCAUGGUGGCACCAACCCCCCCAGCUCCUCAGUCAACACUAACGCACCUCAGGAUCAGCUCUCAACAGAGCCCCAGCUGCAGCUGCAGCCACUGACACAGAAACCAACACGGAAGCAGAGGCAGAAGCAUAAAAAACAGGAGGCCCGUCACAAGAAGUCCCUGCGAGCCACCAUGAGCAGCAAAAGGACCUCGGAGAUCGACAACCUUCAGAUCAACUUGGAGAUGGUGCCGGGACACGCAAAAUUUGCCUGGCCCUAGAAUGUGAUAUAUGCGUCCUCUGGUUUUAUACUUUU